AUGGAAUCAUACGAACAAAGAUUAAAGAAUAUUGUCAAUCAUUUACAACCAACCAAUAAUGGUGGUAUUGAAAUGGUAGAUUGUUCAGCUGAUUUAGAAGUUAAUACAAUUUCAUCAAAUAGUUCAAUCCCAAAAUGGAACAAACAAGAGCUUUCACAAUAUUUAGAAUCAGCACCAGAACACAUUAGAGUUGCCAAGAAAAACCUUUUAGAAUUAUUAAAAGAUCCAAUCUUUGCACCAAAAUAUAAUAUGAAUGUUCAAGAAUGGAGAGAGCUUACUCUUCAAAGAGCCAUCAAAGUUAUCAAAGCUGGUGCAAUUUCACUCGCAGAAUUCAAUAGAGAUCCAAUGAAAUAUUUAGUAUCUUUAGAAAUGUUAAAUCUUUGCGAUCCAUCAUUAUCUGUUAAAUUAGGUGUACACUUUUCAUUAUUUGGUAAUGCUGUUUUAAAUUUAGGUACUGAAAAACAUCAUCUCAAAUAUAUUAAAGAUAUCGAUUCAUGGAAAUUACCAGGUUGUUUUGGUAUGACUGAAUUAGGUCAUGGUUCAAAUGUCCAAGGUGUAGAAACUACUGCCACCUAUGACAAAAACACUGAAGAGUUUAUUAUUAACACUCCAUCAGAUUCAGCUCAAAAAUUCUGGAUUGGUAAUGCUGCUUUACAUGGUCAAGCUUGUUCAGUAUUUGCCCAAUUAUAUAUUGACAAUGUUCACUAUGGUGUUCAUGUAUUUGUUGUACCAAUUCGUAAUCCAGAUGGUACUAUUGCCCAAAAUGUCAGAAUUAUGGAUAAUGGUCACAAAUUAGGUUUACAAGGUGUUGAUAAUGGUAGAAUUUGGUUUGAUAAUAAACGUAUUCCAAGAGAUAAUUUAUUAAAUAAAUUUGGUGAUGUUCAAAAGGAUGGUACCUAUGUUUCAUCAAUCCAAAGCAAAGGUAAAAGAUUUGGUGCUAUGGUUGCUCCAUUAGUAGGUGGUAGAGUAUUAAUCAGUACAUCAGCUCUUAAUGUUUCAAAAAUGGCUCUUAUGAUUGCUACUCGUUAUGCCUACUCUAGAAGACAAUUUGGUUCAAAAGGUAAUGAAAUUCGUAUCAUUGAAUACCUUACCCAUCAACGUAGACUCUUCCCAAUGAUUGCCUCAUCUGUUGCUUUCACCUUUUCAGUAGAAAAAUUAAAGAGACUCUAUUGCGAACCAAAUAAAAACUCACAAAAUGUUAAAGAUGUUCACAUCUGGUCAUCAGGUCUUAAAGCCGUUGUUUCAUGGAUGAAAACUAACAUUCUUCAAUUAUGUCGUGAAUGCUGUGGUGGUCAAGGUUUCUCAUCAUUCAAUCAAAUCGCCCUUUUCAAAUCUGAUCUCGAAAUUGAUAUGACCUACGAAGGUGACAACCACGUACUCCUCCAACAAGUUUCACGUAAUCUUUUAGUUGAACUCCAAAAGGGUCGUUACACCUUAACCAGUGCCAAUCACGAUUCAAACAUUCACAGCUAUGACUUCCAAAUUCAAUCACUCAAAUGGAGAGAAAGUAACCUCGUUCAAACUCUUUCAAGCAGAAUCAUGGCCCAACUCGAUCAAGGUCGUUCAUUAGAACAAGGUUGGAAUACUUGUUUAGAUGUUGUUACCCAACUCGGUAAAGCCUUUGUUGAUCGUAUCACAUUAGAAGAAUUCCAAGCAGGUAUUAAAAAUGCUCCAUCAUCAACUAAGCCAGUUUUAGAACUCUGCAGAAAUCUUUUCUUCAGUUGGAAAGUCAAUGAAGACCUUGGUUACUUCCUUUGUCACGAUGGUAUUGCCACCCAAACUGCCCAAAAAGUUCAAGAUUCAAUCAACAUUUUAUGUGCUGAAAUGUUACCAAUUGGUUUAGAUCUCGUAAACUCUUUCAAUGUCCCAGAACAAUUUAUUCAUGCUCCAAUUGCUCAAUCAGACUAUAUUCAAGAAUUUAGAUAUGGUUUAAAUAGAAAUUAUUAA